CACACUAUUCUCGAACGAGGUUCCAUAGCAAGUCUUGGGGAAAAAAGUUAGCAAAACGACGACAUUGUCGCCGGGUUUGUUCUCUUCUUGGGCAAAUAUUUGCGAAAGAAAGCUGAGACAAACUCGUCUUAGUGACUCGUCUGAGCUUCCCGGGCUAGCUUAGCUUGCUAGCUGCUAACAGGAAGUAGCACGUUGCUAAGUGUGAGUAUAAAGUGUUGUGAUUGUGUGAAAAUGUGUCAAGUACGAACGCUGAAAGUGUUGCUGAGCCAGCAACUAACUGCUGCUGUGGAAGAAAUAUUUGUAGUGUUAGAAAGAACGAUAGCAGAAUACGAGGAGGAACUUUCUAGAACAAAAGAGGAGAACGCGCAACAACGUCAACUACUGGACGCUCUCGUCAAGAAGCCUCAAGUUGUGUUGCACAGAACAGAUGGCCGUAAAGAACAUCUCCCCCCCUCUGAGUGGCCGAAGUGCCACUCCGGGGAGGAGCAGGAGGAGCCAGAGCCCCCUCACAUCGAUGACACCGUGAAACAGGAGGUGAGGACCAAAGCUGACGGAGACCAAAUAGAAAACCUCCUACCUCCAAUAUCAGAUUGUGACUCUUCUGACGCCGAUGAAGACUCCAAAGCUGAAGCGACGUGUCAACCUGACGACACGCGCUCGAAGUGCUCUCACUGUGGUGAAACCCUCAGAAGCCAUCUUCUCCUGGAGGAACACAUGAAGCGUCACAUGGCCGACAAGUCCGUGCAGUGCGCCAAGGAGGAGAACCUCUUCAAACAGGAGGUCCAGACCAAAGCUAAUGGAGACCAAAUAGAAAACCUCCUACCUCCACUGUCAGAUUGUGACGGCAUGUCGUCCAACGUUUCAAGUUCCGACUCUGACGACGAAGACCCCGGAGCCGACGCCGGGGGCCCCGCUGACAACGCGCCCUUGGUGUGCGCUCACUCCGGCAAAGCCUUCGAGAGCAAGAGUCUCCUGAACGAGCACAUGAAGUGUCACGCGGCGGUCAAAACCGUCAAAUGCACCGUCUGCGGGAAACGCUUAGGUCACGGCCAUUUUGCCCGACACCUCAGGCUGCACACAGGAGAGAAACCGUUCGAAUGCUCCGUCUGCGGCGAGUGGUUCGCGCGGGGGGACGCGAUGACUCGGCACAUGAAGAAACACGCCAAAGGGAAGCCGUAUCGCUGCGCGGUCUGCAGCGCCGAGUUUUCUAACCGCGGCGGGCUGUUUCGCCACAAGCAGAAGCACAAGGACGUGAAACUGUUCUUCUGCUCCGUGUGCAAGACGUCCCUUCCCGACCGCACCAGCUUGAUCGAACACACCAGAAUGCACGUUCAUGAGGGUCUUUAGACCAUGGCGUGCACAAAAGAGAGGGAUGACAAGUCGACUACUUUUGAAGUCUACACACUUUCCACAUUGUUUGAAGAACGUAAACUCUUGACUCAUCCGAAAACAAUUCUCCGUUUACAUGUCGGGACUUGAACAUGAACCGAGUAUGAGUGAUGUUGUUAUUGCGAGGGCUAACGCAGACGGACUAUUUAUAGCAGCGCCGCUUUCCACAUCAACUGGUGAGCUGCUUCCUUGCUCGGAGAUCACAAACCAUGCCUCUCACCUGGAUAGUAGAAGGCUGAGGACGCAUUCUGACAAGUUUGUACACUUUGACAGACAAUUUAGACCCAGAAAAAGGACACAAUAAGACGCUCGGUUCCACCCUCCUUUGCGAGGAUUAUGAGUCAUUCUUCAUCCAAACGGGAGUAUAACAAGAUUCUGAAUCCUAACCACAGCAGACCUCGCACAGUCAGCGAUGUUUUACCGUAUUUUUCGGAGUAUAAGUCGCCCCGGAGUAUAAGUCGCACCGGCCGGAAAUGCAUAAUAAAGAAGGAUAAAAACAUAUAUACAGGUAAA